UCCCGGGGUGCCCGCGGCGGUGGCCGCAGCCCGGCCGCGUGACCCGCGCGCGCCAAUGGCCCGGCGGUCUCCGGGGCGACGCGGAGGGUCCGCGCUCCGCCGCCACCGCGCCCCCGCCCCGAGUCCGCACUGCAGAGAGUGGCGGCGAGCAGGCGCCGGCGCGCUGGCCCACGUGCCGCGCGGAGAGAGGGACCGCGAGAGGAAGCGGGAGAGGCGCGCGAGAGAGCCGGGGAGAGAGGCGCGCACCACCCGGCCGCUGCGCCGCGCAGCCCCUGCGCCCCUCCUGCUGGGCCCUCCGCCGGGAAAGACCCCGACCCACAGGAAGGCUGUGCAGACCUGGGCCGUUCUCUCCGAGUCCUAGCCGCCCUCCACCCCACCCCCUGCCUCAUUCUUUCCUCCCUCUCAGUAGCACCCUCCCUGGUCUGCGUCGGGAACGGUUUCCUGCCCGUAGUAUUAGCCCCGCGCCGGCAGAGAUUGUGCACGAUGGCGGUGACGUUGCUGCAGGACUGGUGCAGGUGGAUGGGCGUCAGCGCUCGCAGGGGCCUGCUCAUUCUGGGCAUCCCGGAGAACUGUGAUGAAGCCGAACUCCACGAGUCCCUGGAGGCCGCCCUGUGGCCCUUGGGCCACUUCACCGUGCUGGGCAAAGUGUUUCGAGAGGAGGAUAACGCCAGUGCGGCCCUGGUCGAGCUUGACCGGGAAGUCAACUAUGCUUUGGUCCCCAGGGCAAUCGCGGGCACCGGGGGUCCCUGGAACGUGGUCUUUGUGCCCCGUUACUCGGGCGAGGAGUUUCUCAAUCGCGUGUUCCACUUCCUGGAGCAACAAGGGCAGAUGGUGGAGACCGUGGCUGGGGUCCUGGGCCUGGGACUGCGCAGGGUGUGCUGGCUCCGAUCGGUCACUCAGGCCCUCCAGCCCUUGGUGGAGACCCUGCGGUACGAGCGCCUGGGCGUGUUUUCCGGGAGGGAUCCGCUCGCCCCGGGGGAGGAGCCCUUUGAGGCCUGGCUCGACCACGCCUCCGACAUGCUACAGGUGUGGCAGAGUGUCUCAGAAAGGGAGAGGAGGCGGCGGCUGAUGGAAGGCCUUCGAGGGACAGCCCUGCAGCUCAUGCAUGAGCUCCUGGCGGACAACCCCGCCAGGACGGCGGAGGACUGCCUGGCGGCCCUGACCCAGGUGUUUGGAGACAACGCGACCCAGAGGACCAUCCGGAUGAGGUGUUUGACCGCUCACCAGCAGCCGGGCGAGGGGCUUUCCGCUUUCGUGUUGCGGCUGGAAGUCCUGCUGCAGAAAGGCAUUGAGAAGGGGGCCCUGGCGAGAGGCUCAGCUGACCUCCUGCGCCUGAGGCACAUGCUCACCAGGGCCAUCGUUCCUGAGCCUCUGGACGAGGUACUGAGGAAGCUGAGAAUGGCUGGGAGGUGUCCAAGUUUCCUAGAGAUGAUGGGGAUUGUUCGGGAGUCUGAGGCAUGGGAGGCCAGUCUAGCCACGAUCGAGAGAGCCCAGGCAGAGGAAAGGGUCCGUGCCCAGGCAGAGGAAAGGGUCCGUGCCCAGGCAGAGGAAAGGGUCCGUGCCCAGGCAGAGGAAAGGGUCCGUGCCCAGGCAGAGGAAAGGGUCCGUGCCCAGGCAGAGGAAUGGGUCCGUGCCCAGGUAGAGCAAUGGGUCCGUGCCCAGGCAGAGGAAGGGGUCCGUGCCCAGGCAGAGGAAAGGGUCCGUGCCCAGGCGGAGGAAUGGGUCCGUGCCCAGGCGGAGGAAGGGGUCCGUGCCCAGGCGGAGGAAAGGGUCCGUGCCCAGGCAGAGGAAGGGGCCGGUGCCCAGGCAGAGGAAGGGGUCCGUGCCCAGGCAGAGGAAGGGGCCGGUGCCCAGGCAGAGGAAGGGGCUGGUGCCCAGGCAGAGGAAGGGGCCGGCGCCCAGGCUAAGGCGGAGGAUGGUAGCAUGGAGGAGAGGCAGCUGGAGGAGCCGGAGUGGGAGGAGGAGGAGGAGGAGGACAGUGACGAUCGUGACACUCUCCCCGCAGACCUAGGUCAGGCAAGCCCCUCAGAGGCCCCUGGGGGCCCCACUCCUGCCCAGAUGGGCCGAGCUUCCAGGGCGGGCCCAGGAGGUCCUGGCUAUGAGCCAGAGGGCCUCCCCCAGGCCGGAGACCAGGAGGCCGGAGAGCCCCCCGAGGAGGGGCUCGAGCCCAUCCCAGAGGGGUUGGGAAACGUGGAUGGGGCUGGGGAGACGGUCCCCCCCGUGUCCUCCUCAGGCUAAUAGGCUCAGAAGGCCCAGGGCCCCCCUCUCCUCUCAGGCAGCAGAGCUCUGGAGGCAGGGGGAGGCCAUGCCGGGGCAGCAGCCUCACCCCACGUGCGGGGCAGGGCCGAGGGAAGGCCCCACCCAGCCCAAGCCAAGACCCCAGGCACUCCACCAUCCAUAAGGGGACCUGAACACCACCAUCAGCCCUUCCAAGUGACCAGGAUGACCACACUUGACACCACAUGGGGCGGGGAAAGGUGCCCCCUCGCAACCCAUGGCAGCACCAUACCUGGCCCCAGCCCCAGUCCCAAUCCAUGCCACCUCAGGCAGCCAGUCUGGGAAGCACCCCUGGGUGGCUGACCCUAGCCUAGGUGAGGGGCACCCGGAGCCAUCUGCCACCUACACUGGACUGGGAGAUGUUAGGGGCCGCCUCAAGGGUUUCAGCCUCUUGGGUCUCCCAAGAGGGAGACCCUCCUGUGCAUCCCCCAAGGCACCUCGCUCCAUGUUCUGGGAAACCCGCUUGUGUCUCUGUGGGGCCCUUAUGACCCACGUGUCACGUUACUCCCCCACCCCACUAGGUCUCGUUCCUGUGCAGAGCCUUGAGGUGUGCAGGAGCCCGCGGUGGGUGUCCUGGCCCACCGGGGCAGCCACCCCCCAGCCCGGGGACCUGCCGUGAGCCUCAGUGGCGACCGGGGCUCCGCUCGCUCUCUCCCAGUGUCGUGAGCUCCACCGCUGCUUUCUCGGUGUAGAUUUAAGCCGGCCGCUGCUUGUUCUCGUGGAGAUGUGUGUGUGUGCUUCUCUGAGCGGCUGUCCCCAGCCCCAUCUCCGAGAUCCCCAGCCCAGUUCCAGGAGACGGCCGGAAGGAUGCCAGGGCAUGGCUGCUGCUCGCCCCGUGACCUCGGGAAGGAGGAACCGACCAAGGACCGAGGUGGCCAGCGGGAGUCUCCACGGGAACCGUGCUCUGAUGUGCCACCCCGUUGUUUCUUGUGACUCCGUGUCCCCGGCUUGGCCGAGUGUCCCCUGCUGCGUUUUCCGCCAUCCUGGGACUGUCCUGUGCAGACCAUGGGGCGGGACCAGGCCCCAGCAUGUCGGCCAGAGGGGAGGGUGCGUGCCCUGGGGUGAGGGGACAUGCGUGGCCAGCGUCCGUCGUCCUGGCCAGAGGUUGAUUGUGGGGCCCCCAGGAAGGGAGACUGAGGCGGGAGGGCCACGGUGUUGGGGGAAGCAGAGGCACCUCGUUUGGGACCCCAAGAGGAGGGGGAGGCCAUGACCCAUGGGCUCUAGUGGCCGUUAGAUGUUCCUCUCUCUGUUGUCAUUCCCUGUCUUCGAUGGUUUCAGUAAAUGUUUCUCUUCAAUAAAGUUUAUUGAAUGUGUCAGCUGAGUCUCGUCUCUG